UUACACUUGCCUUUGACUAUUCCAUGUGGAUAUUUUAGGGUUAGGGGUGUAAAAAAACUCAGUAACAGAGAUAGGUGCUGCUGGAACUGCAUGGAGUGUACAACACACACAACUCUGCUUUAAUAUAUAUAUACAUAUUAGAAACUAGAACUUAAAAAUGUCCAGCACCUUAUUCGUUCGCAAUUUGCCUGCCACAGCUAGCAGUGAUCGGCUGGUCGAGAUUUUCAGUGAAAUCGGACCAGUAAAACAUGGAUUUGUGGUAAAGGAGAAAGGCAGUGAGACAUGCCGUGGAUUUGGGUAUGUUACAUUUUCCAUGCUUGAGGACACCCAGAAGGCGCUGAAAGUGGUCAAGGAUUACAAUGGACAAAGAAUUAGAUUGACACUUGCCAAUAAGAAACAACAUGACAAAAAGAAGGGUGAACCCCAGAAAUCUGAUCCAAAAGAGCAGAAACCCAAAACAUUGAAGAAAUCUAAAAUGAAAGGUAGAUUAAUAAUCAGGAAUUUGAGUUUCAAGUGUUCUGAAGAUGAUCUGAAGCAGGAGUUUUCUAAAUAUGGAGCUGUCCUAGAAGUGCAAAUCCCAUUGAAAGAAGAUGGGAGGAUGAAGGGGUUUGGUUUUAUCCAGUUCAAGAAUAUCCUGGAAGCUGGGAAAGCACUGAGCGCUAUGAAUUUGAAAGAGAUUAAAGGCAGACAAGUAGCUGUGGAUUGGGCAAUACCCAAGGAUAAGUUUGUAACUACACAGACUUCUUCCACCUCGGGAGGCCAGAAGAAAGAAAAUAAAGAAGAUCCUGACAGCAGUAAUGAAAGUGAUGGUGAAGAGGUAAAAAAGCCAGUUGACACACCCUUUAACAAGAAAACAAAGGCUGAAAAAAAAACUGCUCAGCUGGCGAUUGAGGCGGAAGCUGAAGAUUCUGGGAAUGAUCCUGAGAGUUCUAAGGGUGUGACUGCAUUUGAUGUUGACGAGGAGGAGAGUGAUGAAGAGGCUGGAGGCGCUGGCUCUGAUCAGGAGGAGUCUGAUCUAAGCGAGCUAGGAUCGGAAGAUGAUGAAGAUCAAGAUGAAAAUGACAGUGAAGAUGAAGGUAAAAAAACAGCAAAGAUUAAGAAAGCCCCUCCUCAAGAUGUUAAUGAAGGGAAAACUGUCUUUAUCAGGAACCUGUCUUUUGAUACAGAAGAGGAUGGGUUAGAGGAGGUUCUUCUGAAGUUUGGAGAACUUAAAUAUGUCCGUAUUGUGCUUCAUCCAGAUACUGAGCACUCUAAAGGUUGUGCCUUUGCCCAGUUUAAGACAAAAGAAGCUGCAGAAAAGUGUGUUGCUGAAGCUCAGGAUGAAUCUAAGAACGGAGGUCUGAAAGUAGAUGGCAGGACGUUGAACAUUGUCUUGGCAGUCAGUCGGGCGGAUGCUAUGAAGCUGAAGGAUAAGAAGGUGCUGAAGCCCACAGGAACACGGAACUUAUAUCUUGCGAGAGAGGGCUUUAUCCGUGCAGGAACCAAAGCAGCUGAAGAACUGAAUGCAGCUGACCUUGCCAAGAGAACACGGUUUGAAGAACUGAAACGACAGAAGUUGAAGAAUGCCAAUAUUUUUGUUUCGAAAACAAGGCUGUGUGUUCACAACAUACCCAAGUCCAUGGAUAACAAACAGUUAAGGGUACUGUGUCUAAAGGCAGCUGGGGGGGGCAAGGACGUGCAGAUAAAUGAGUGUCGUGUGAUGUGUGACAGGCGUUUUCAGACUGGGAAGGCUUUGGGACGUUCGCUUGGCUAUGCCUUCGUAGAGUUCACGGAACAUGAGAAUGCCCUCAAAGCUCUACGAUACUUGAACAAUAACCCAAACAUAUUUGGGCCAGAGAAGAGACCUAUUGUGGAGUUUUCUCUUGAAGAUAAGAGAAUGUUAAAAAUAAAGGAAAUGAGAGCACUGAAAAACCAGAAAAAGGUGAAACACACAGUGGGCUUAGAAGGGGAUAAGAAAGUCCCCAAUAUCUCUGAUAAAAAUAAGAAGCCAAGGCAAGAUAAUGGUAACAGCGGCGAGAGACGACUUGAGGCAUUCACACACACAGGAGUGGACGAGGAGGGCAAAUCCUGGUCAGGAUUUGUAACCAAACCAGGUGUGGAGGUGGAAGAACUGCCUAGUGGCAAGAAGCGCAAGAAGGUCCUUCCCCUUCCCUCACACAGAGGGCCUAAAAUCAGAAAAAGGGAUAAAGGUAAACCGCAGCUACCACAACCGACAAAAGCCAAGAACCACCCCAGCAGAAAAGAACGUGUUCAACAAAUGCUUCCCGUCAAACAGGCACCUAAGAAGAGAACAUUCAGAAACAAAGAGGAUGAUCGGUUUGAUAGUCUUGUUGAACAGUACAAAAAGAGAAUUCUGGGAAAUCCCAAGUCUAUUGUGAAAAAGAGCAAAUGGUUCAGUUAAAACUGCAGUGACGUAUUUUACCAUUACUACUAUAGUGCAUUGCAACAAGAAGAUAGAAUUGUGUAUUGUAUGUUUUUCUCUUAAUUGAUUUGCCACAGUAUUGUAUCAAAAGUAAAAAAGAAACCAACUUAUUUUGCUCUUAUGAAACUUAAGUUUAGCAAAGUAUGCAAUUUUUUUAAAAUAAAAAACAAAACAAA